GAGUGGAGUGAAGCGUCCGCAAUUCAGUUGCUGAGUUCAGAAAAGUAGUUAGUACUAGUAGUAGUUCAGUCUUGCGGAUUGCCAGUCCCUACACUACACUAACAGCACACCCGCAAAUAGAAAAGCUGACAGGAUCGCUUUUCUAAAUACUACCCUGUACAAGUGUGUAGGUCAAGAAGAGACGAACACCGCCGGCGAGCAUUGUAGGACGUUCAAUCGGUUGGAGCAAACCUGCGCGUAAUAAGAAUCAUGACUGCACCGAUCAAGGUUUGGACGCUCUUUGUGGUCGCUGGCGCAUCAAUGAUUGCCAGCGCUCAUGGAGCGAUCAAGUUGGAUAGCAAAGCAGAGUCGAUCUCAGCAGCCACCAAGAACGGCUGGCUGGACGCAGCAACAGAGACGGAUAUUCUGAACGUGCCGCCUGGCGCGCCCGGUUACCUCACGGAGCAGUGGUUCACAAGCUCACCAAGCACAGGGGUUAUGAAUGAGAACACGCGCAUACGCGUGUACGUUGACAACGAGACGGCAGCGUCGAUAGACUUCAUGCUGCUGUGGGGACAUGGCAUUGGAUGUCCGGAGUCGGCCGAGAAGGCCAACUUGCCCUGGGGCACCAAGCGUAUAGGUCACGAAGCCGAUGGCGGAAUAUACAACACGUAUCGCAUACCGUUCGGCAGCAGCAUCCGCGUGACGGCGUGGACCCCGGUCGGCGGCUGGUACUGGUACAUCGGACGCGGCAUGCGCAACGUGCCGCUGGUCGUCGGUGAGUACGAGUUACCUAGCAACACGCGCCUGCGCCUGUACAAGGCGGAGAACGUUACCAUGGAGCCGCUAGAGUAUCUGACUGCUGCCGCCACGCCAGCCAACACAUCCGGCUGGCUCUAUCAGGUUACAUUCGGUGGCAGCAGUUCUGAUUUCUCCUACUUGGAGGGCUGCUUCCGCGUGGAAAUCGACGACAAGCCCAUCCAGUACCUAUCGUCUGGCACGGAGGACUUCUUUCUGUCGGCAUCCUACUUUAACGCAGGCAUUUUCCACAGCGACCAUUCUGGGCUGACAUGCAAGCAGGGACCUGGCACCAUGAGUGCAUACAAGUUCUUCGAGGAAGACCCGGUGGUGUUCUCGAGCUCCAUGAAGCUGCUGUGGCGUAACGGCGAAUGGGCGUACCACGGCCAGGCACCGGGAGCCUGUCCGGUCACGGCACAGCAGAAUGCAGCGCCGGACUACAGGCUGACACGGCACAACCUCACCGACAGUCACACCGCCGCACUGGGCUACAACCAGGCCAGCAUCACAAUGUACGCAUGGGUCUACGAGUAUCCGGCAGUGUGACUUCAGUAAAAAUACUACUCCCUGGAACAUACUAUGUAUGAAAUAAUUAUAAUGGAUGCACCAUAGCUCAGUGGUUGAGCAUAUCUGGUCCUAAGCGGGAAGUCGUCAAAAUUAAUAGAUAUUUGACGUGGUAUUCGGCGACUCCCUGCUCCCAAGAUUUCAGUCCAGCCGGCGACAGUCAGAUUUUCUUCUGAUAUUUCGUCCUUUUUUCAACUCCACCAACUAAUGAAUACGCGAUGUUUUUUUUUUGUUUUUUUUAAGGAUAUUACUACUUGAGUAUUUGUGUGACCUUUGAUAUGCACUCAUCCGGCGCUCAGUCAUCCAACAGACAGUUGCAGUAUACUGACAGAUCAUACACUGUCUAUUUACAGCCCUCAAACGUGGACAGUGAGCAUCAUGAACUUUGCCUUUCUGUAACAUUACAUGCAAGUCAGUCUAUAGAUGAGCAUGAUGACUGUUUCAGGAUACUACAUUUUUGUAGUAGCAGUAGAGCAUCAAGAUAUAGAAGUACAAUCAUGCUCUUCAGUCCUUUCUAUGUGUGAGUACAAGAUGGCUAUGCAGCUUCAGUUAUCCAGAAUACCGGUAUUCAUUCUCCUA